CCUCCAUUAACUAUUAACCCCCUCAAUUAUCAAUCAACCCACCCUCUCUCUCCCCCAAGCCCUGAGCCCUCAUAAAUAUCAAAACACCCACAACACACCAACACCAACACCAACACCAACACCAACACCAUGCUUCAAGACUCGGUCUCAGCCACCCCCACAUUCUUGGCCACCCUCUACAGCUGGUUCACCCCCACAGUCUUCUUCCUCCUCCUCCAACUAGUCAUUGGAACCAUCUUCAUCAUCUCAAACCUUGCCAACUCCCACAAACGCCAUCACCCACAACACCCUCAUCAUCAUCAUCAUCAUAAUGACCUUCCUAGAUCCCCUUCCAUCUUGCAAAGACUCAAAUCCAUCAACUUCUACCCUUCUCCCCACACACCCCUAAACCCUUACAACACCACCCAUUUCCCCCAAUCCCAUCAAAAUGAAAACUUUCAACUCCCCAGAUCCCCCUCCCUCCUCCAAAGACUCAAGUCCAUCAACCUCUACACCUACUUCCCCACCGAACCCCCCACAAACAAACUCCCCCCGCACGUGCCCGACCACAACCCGCACGUGCCCCAACAACAUCAACCCCCCCAAACCGACGCCGACGACGACGACGACGACGACAAAGAAGAGGACGAUGUCUACGUGGUCGACGACCGCAAUUACGAUUAUGCCCCCGAGCAAGAACAGGGUUCGGGUUCUUCGCUGGACGAGAUUUACAGCAAGCUGCAGCAGGGGCAAGAGGGUCAUUUCUCCCGGACCCACUCCGACACCAAGCCGGCGUCCGGCGAGGUUCCGGUGAAGCUGCCGCGGAAGAUGAAGAAGUCCGCCAGCAGCAAGUCCGCGUUCUCGCACUUCAAGGAGGAGGACAUCGUCGAGACUCGCCGUCCGGCCACCGUGAGAGAGACCGGCGCCGCCGUCGACGACCACGAGGUCGACGCCAAGGCCGACGACUUCAUCAACAGGUUCAAGCAGCAGCUCAAACUCCAGAGGCUCGAUUCCAUCAUGAGGUACAAGGAAAUGAUAGGGAGAGGAUCACCCAAGUAACCAAUUAGUAAUUAAUUAACAUUAUAAUAAUUUUGUUACAUCUUAGUGUAAUUUUUUUUUUGUUAAUUUUUAAUUAGGCUUAAGUUGUAAAAUGAAUGUUUUGUUUAUUUGUUGUUGAAUUGGUUGUGUGAAGUGGGGUGCUGAGAGUGAGAGUGUGGGUGGGUGGUUCAUUUUCAGCCUCUGCUUUGUGGAUGUUGGAAGUAGUGCUUGUAAGUUUUUGUUGCUUUAUGUUCAUGUUCAUGAUGAUGACUCCUUAUUGUUUCCAUUUCUAUAGUAUAACAUUAUUUAUUCUUGUUCCGCUA